CCAUCAAAACUUCUUUUUUAUACUUGUUCUUCUUUUUCUCUUUUCCUUCUAGAUCUUAACGUUAACAACCACCAAAAAUGGCGGUCGCUGCACCUUCAUCAACCGUUUGGUCGUUCUCUGCCCCAAUAUCUCCGAGUAGGAGGCCCUGGGAAAGGAUGAUGGUCCGAUCUACCGGCCCUUCCGUCGUUCCGGUACUCACCAAUCUACAGAACACUUGCGCCACCCCUCUACCUGUCCUUCGCCGAGUUGCAGAUUCCAUGACAGCUGAUUUGAGAGCUGGGCUUGCUCAGGAAGGCGGCAGCGAUCUUCAGAUGAUUCUUAGCUAUGUCGAUAGCUUGCCUACUGGGGACGAGAAGGGCUUGUUCUAUGCUCUGGAUCUUGGUGGAACCAACUUCCGGGUGUUAAGGGUGCAACUAGGAGGGAAAGACAAGCAUGUUAUUGACACUGAAUUUGAACAAGUAACCAUUCCUCAAGAAUUGAUGUUUGGUACUUCUGAGGAAUUGUUUGAUUUUAUUGCAUUGGGGCUGGCAAAUUUCGCACGAAAGGAAGGUGGGAGAUUUCAUUUGCCUCAUGGAAGGAAAAGCGAGAUUGGGUUUACGUUUUCUUUUCCUAUCAAACAAACAUCUAUUGAUUCUGGCACAUUAAUCAAAUGGACCAAGGGCUUUGCGGUCUCUGGGACGGCAGGAAAAGAUGUAGUUGCUUGUUUGAAUGAAGCUAUGGAAAGACAAGGAGUAGAAAUGCAUGUAUCUGCCCUGGUCAAUGAUACAGUUGGGACACUUGCUGGGGCAAGGUACUGGGAUGAUGAUGUGAUGGUUGCUGUAAUUUUGGGGACUGGAACGAAUGCGUGUUAUGUAGAACGGGUGGAUGCUAUUCCAAAGCUGCAGCUUCAGAUGCCUAGUUCUGGAAGAACGAUUAUCAAUACUGAGUGGGGAGCCUUUUCAAGUGGUAUUCCUUUAACAGAAUUUGAUAAAGAAAUGGAUGCUGCAAGCAUAAAUCCUGGUGAACAAAUAUUUGAGAAGACAAUCUCUGGUAUGUACCUUGGUGAAAUCGUAAGAAGAAUCUUAGUCAAAAUGGCUGAAACUAGUGCUUUGUUUGGUGAAUCUGUUCCAGAAAAGCUCUAUGCACCUUUCAUAUUAAGGACACCUGAUCUAUGUGCCAUGCAGCAGGACAAAUCUAAUGAUCUGGAAGCAGUUGGCUCGAUCUUAAGCAACAUUUUUGGGGUAAGCUCCAACCUAAGAGCAAGGAAGAUGGUACUAGAAGUCUGUGAUACCAUUGUGAAGCGAGGUGGCCGAUUGGCUGGAGCAGGAAUUGUCGGCAUUCUCCAAAAGAUGGAACAGGAUACUAAAGGUCUCAUAUAUGCAAGAAGGACAGUGGUGGCAAUGGACGGAGGCUUGUAUGGGAACUACCCACAGUAUAGAAGAUAUCUUCAAGAUGCAGUGAUAGAACUUCUAGGAUCUGAAAUAUCAAAGAACAUAGUCAUAGAACUCACAAAAGAUGGAUCUGGAAUAGGAGCAGCUCUGCUGGCUGCUGCAAACUCCAGAUAUAGAGAUGAGUUCUAGGAGAAGAGGGUGGCCAGAUCCUCUAUAAUUGUUGCUUUCACAUUCUUAAUGGAGGUUUGCUAAUCUCACAUGUCACUCACUGCCCCAUCCAAACAAGUCAAAAC